AUGGUCGCCCUCAACAACAGUGUGCGGCAACUGCAGGCAACAAUGACUGAUGCUGUCAAUGCAUUAGAGAGGGGUGCCACUGCUGCCGACGUCGGGCCCUCUCGUCUGCAUUUGCCACUGUGCACAGCCGAAGCCUACGAAGACUUCGUUCGUCGGCUAACUACUGAGGCGGAAUUGGCAGAAAAGGCGGUAUGUGUAUAUUUGUUUGACUGUUCUCAGAUCAGACAGCUGGCCGUGGUGGGAGGGCGGAGUUAAAAAGACUUUGUCAGAAAUCUUCUGACUGCUCUCAUUGGUCCGCCGCUUUGUUACACCUUCUGCUGGAGGGGCGGAUCCAAGGAGGAGCGGUCGUUCUUUGCCUGCCCGUUAUUUAGCAUCGUCAACGGUAGGUCUACUUUUUGCUUAUUGGCACAUACAGAUGCCAUCGGCCAAAACCCCCGUUUUAGCAACUGCAACAGGGAGGUACUUCGACCUACGGCCAUGAAUUGGUUCCAUGGGUCGAAGGACCGUUAUGGAGGACGAUCGAGACGCAGGCGCAAUAUUCACACAGUACGACAUUUUGCUUUGAAUUACUGCCUAAAUGUGUUCAAUUUCAAGGAGUCCCCACUGAUGACCUGGCAUGCCCACAACUCUCCCCUAAGAAGCAAACGUAAGUUAACUGAAAAAGACUGCUAUUAACACACUUUAUGUUAUUUCCCUCUUUUCAAUAAUUAUAAUGAUAGUAUGUAUUUCGGAAGUAUGUAUACAUACAAGUAUGUAUGAAUUACUGACCUAUACUGAUCUACUGACCAAUUAACAGUGUACUUUGCAAUAGCAAUUAUUAUAUUGUAAUAACUUUUGCAAAGUACACUGUUAAUUAACUCGAUUAUGUCUGCUUGACGUCUGACGUUCGCAGAAGUAGUUAAUCCGCCUACCUAUCUCUUGAGUUCGAAAAUGGAGACACAGCUCAGUUUACCCGGCUCUCGUUGACCGGUUUGGGGUCUGUGUCGGACCCGCAUUUUACUGUGAUCAAUGUCGCGCCCGCCCUGGUUGACCGCGUAGAUAACUAACGUCCCUAAUUACUUCAUGCCGUCGCUGCCUCUUGUCAAAGUGCUUCGUAAAACCGAAUACGGGCAAAUAAAUUAAUUUGGCAAAGGACAUCCGGGCUUCUCUGCAUCAGCCCUGAGGUAAAUUAGGGUCAUGUACAUAGAACUAUGUGCGUGAAUUUCCAGUGCCUGGGGACGGGCAGACGAAUUCACUACUCGGGACGCCGGACCCGCGUCUGGCCUGCCCCGAAGGAAGCCUCCUUAUGAUACGCCACCUAGGAAUUGCAUUUCUUAUACUAUUGACAUUAUUGAUUAGUUCAAUAACAAGAGCAUUACCCAUGUUUUACCACAGUUUUUUUACAGAAACCGCUGAUAACCAGUGGAGGCUCUUUAAUGUCCAUUGGAGAACUGCAUCCCCGCCUGUAUUUUUCGUACCGAUUUCUCAUUUGUAAAUACUCAAUAAACCGUCGUUUCUAACCAUUGUCUGUCCACUGUCCUAUGUCGUGGGAUAGAGUGAACGCUAACUAGUUUGUCCGGUUGUGCACUUACGCGGAGUGUUGACCAUUAAUGGUCAAUCAAUUGAUUUGCUUUAGCCGAGGCUAGGAGGAUCCAGUGACACAUGUAAUCUUACAGCGACAGUCGCCAGUCUAGAAUGAGUGCACUCGCGAGUAAAAACAGAGGCCAUAAAAGUGUGGGGGACGAAUGGAGAAUGGGCGGCGCCGCCACGCUUUUUUUCGGAUGGUGUGGCCAGACCUGGCUGUGGUGUCGAAGGCCACACCUUAGCCACGCCAAAUGGCCACGUUUGGCCGCGGCGGCAAGGCGUGGCCAGCCGCGGCGGCAAGGCGUGGCCAGCCGCGGCUGGUGCUGGCAGGGAACCCUGCCAUGACCACUGAACGAAACUAAUCACUGUAGACUGAAGGACUUUGUCCCGCACAAAUUUUUAUAUUCCAGUGUUGUUAUUUUAUUCACUAAUAAACCUCCUUUUCCGCUAAUUGCAUUCAACCGAACUACGUUAUUAUAUUCGUGAAUUCGUCAACAAGCAACUGCUUGUAUAAUUAAUUGGGGGUAAUUGGGAAAACAGUACGUUGGGCGUAGUUGGGGUCGAUUUGCUAUAAUAGGUAGUAUCUCGGUAUAUGACGCAUUUCUGCCGACGGUUUAGUUAUCGAGAAAAGGAAAUUCGGAAAGCGUUAAUAGGCGAGCCUCCUGUGCAUUUUUUUGGGAGAUUGGGCCAUUGGGGUCACAUCCGCCCUAUCCAUAUCGUGGCGCAUGCCCGUGGCCCAACCCAGCCCAACUCGCCCUAAUUGGGCUAGACUGGGAUGGGUUGGGCAGGCGAUGACAGGGACGCAACGAAUUUUAUGUCCGGAAAUUCUCUCACACCUUCCACAUGAGCCUGUAGCAUAGAGGUGCCUCUUGAAUGUAAAACAGGGUAGUUUCCCACUCUGCAGAGAGCGGUGUAGAACCAGCGUUAGGUAAGGAAAUCUACAACUUACCUUUGGGGUGCUAUCUGACAGUUUACAUAUUCGUCGCCUUUUAUUAUUUCGUGUUCCCAGGUUUCUGGGCACAUUUAUUUGGCUCACUUCGCCAUUCUUCAUUUACCUAAUUUAAUUGGUUAGCUUUACCGGUUUUCUCGUUCACAUGCACGCAAAGUGCUCGCAGGUUCGUCACUUCAUUUUGGUAAUUGCCGUAUUCCCUUCCGUUAGCCUCCCUCCCCAACACGUUCCCAAGGUUCCGUGGGACGUUCGACUGAAUAGAUAAGUUUUCGUAGUUGUGCAGACUCUCAGAGAGUUCAUUAAUGUUUAAAGCAGCAUGCAUUUUUGGACAAACCCCUAAUCUUCCCCGAAAUUUUAAAACUAAUGACAUUGAACUGACGCAGUAACGAUUUCAGUUUCUUUGAAUUGUCUGGCAUAUGGUGAUUAGUUCCGCGUCCCCGGGGUUCGUGCCUUGUUCCUGUUCGCGUCACUCAUUUAAAGUUUAUUAAAUGCUCUUCUUUUGCGAUUCAUAUUACUAGCCAACGAUUUUGUUUUUUGGGAAUGCCUGAAAUGGCCACCAACGAUUUCGUGUGAUACAUUCCCCUGUUUCAGAUAGCGACACACUCCGAAUAUACUGACAGACUUACUACUCUAUAGCGACGACUCUGUGUAGCGGCCGAAACCCUUGGAGAUAACGCACACGAAUGAAUUCAAAGUUCUUGCGUAUAUUCCGAUGGAAUAACGACUGAACACAGCUAUUUAACGAGCCGUACCGAUUUUUCCGACAGAGUAUAAAAAAAGUUUUGACAACGUUAAAGACUAGAAUAUGAUAAAACGGUAGGCAAUGCAAAAAGAAAUGCACUUGAAGCAUAGAAAUGGUCCGUCCGGAUGUGGAGGACACCAUCAUGCCAGCAUAACGGCCAGUGGUGAGUGCAGUGCUGUGGUCAACUGCAGGAAGGACCGUGGAGGGUGCUGACACGGUCACACCAUUUCUAUCUUGGAUCCACGCCAGUGUCUUCCAUCUUUUCGAACACUCUGCCAAUUUCGUGGUGCGUUACACCUGAUCACAUUGUACUGGCCUCCAUCUAGUCCGACACCAGCAACUCAGAUUUCGGGUCCUUUAUCCAGCUAGUGAUCUGAUUGACCCCUGACGCCAAUUAUGCUAGGGGACUGCAGAAAGUAUUGUCCCCGCAAGGUCUUCUGUCAGGAGUCAGCCAAUCAGAUAAAUGGCUAUGGACUAACCGCAGGAGCUAGCUCUAGGAAAUUGUUUUGGUACCAGGAGACCGCCGUAAACUAGGUUGUAGGAAAUCUGACGACUUUUGUCUACUUAGUUCACCGAAAAGACCUUGACAAUGUCCUCAAGACUCGGGAUAGUAUCGGUCUGAGAACUGUUAUAGAAAGCGGAGACAGUAGACAGGAAAUGAGCGUUUAAAUAGAGGGGACGACUGAUAUUAUCUUAAGAAAAGAACAGAUCAUAGUUAAGGAGUAGGGAAACCAUUUGCCCUUGAUACUUCUAUGAGAACGUUGACCAGAGCAGCGACUAAUUGUCCUGUAGUCCCUCUUUGUCGCAUUCGUCUUUCUGAGCGCGACGAAUUCUCUUCUGCCAACGAAAACUUGUGGAAGGCAGUGGAGUGCAGAAAGACUGACUGUUGUCUCAAUUGCGUCUGUCGUAAGGUAGUUUUUCUCUCUCAGUGUCACUGAUGUGCCAGUAAAGAUACGCGAAGUUGUGAGUUCUUCACGUAUCAUAUGCGACAGAAGUCACUUACGAAAGCCGAGCGUGCGCAACACACGUUAUGUGUGCGAGCAUGUGCUCGUGUCCGUAUGCGUUCUUCAGUACAUUCGGAAAAUGGUCGUCCACUAAAUUGCUGCCAGUCGCGGUCGGCUGGAUUACGGCGUCACACAAUGAGGAUCGAUAAGUGGACAACUUUUGCCAUCAACCUCGUGCACUCAUCCAAUUACUAGUGUCUUUCGUAGUAAUCACAUUUCUUUAGAAUGCUGAAUAAAAACUGACGGCAAUAUAGACGAAAAUGGCGGAAGAGCGAAAUCCAGUGAAGUACGGGCCUCAGGCAAGGCGAUUGUUUGGGUUUAACUAACAGUACGUGAGAUGCUUGCCUGUUGGUCGUCAUAACAUUCCAAGCGUAAAAAGCGAUCAGCAUCGGGGAAAUGUCGUCCAUCGUUUUGUUUACAAAGUGACAUCCUCCCUAAACAGUAUUGAAAGACGCGGUGCAAACUGUCCGCAUUGUUCAGGCACUAUUCUUGAACGAUGGCCUUCUACAAUUCCACGGUUAUUGGCCUGUCCUCGUAACCUUGGAUUUCGUGUACACUUAACGGAAGAAACCUUGUGGAGCUUAUAUCAGAAGAUCCAAGUAGCCACUCAACUCCGACCGACCCAUCCGUCGUCGGAGACCUCGUCUAGGUAAUCCUGCAAGAUAUGAGCAUCCUGUGGCGCGACCCAGCGAUGCUAAAAUCACACAUGCCUACGUAUCUCAAGACUGUCUAAUGCAGGAACUGCUUAUUUUUGUUGCGGCAAUUGAUGAUAGGACUGAUCUAUCAUUGGCAUAACUUAUUUGGAUUUGAUAGUGAUCUCACGCGAGGCAUUUUGACUGGAAAAAGUGGUCAGCUUGUUUUGGUUGCUUGACCUUUAGGCUAAACUGCCUUCGGCUGGGCCGCGAGUUGCCUUUAUCGUACACACAAAGCUUCUACACCAUUUGGUUCAGAUAGAACAUGAUUUCGUCGGUGAAGAGGGUCUCCCAAAAGUCCCGCAUUAAUGGGAACCGCGUACACGAUUUUUACCGUCAUUGCGCAAAGCUCUUGAAUUAUAUGGACGAAAUUCUUAGAGGUGCUGUGUCUUUCGGCAAGUCGCUGAAUGCUCUUUGGCCGCUCCUUUUUUGCACAACGUUGAAAGCACUUACGUCGUCACUUAAGUGUAUAAUCUGUCACUCCUCGGUAAAUCGAGAAGGUGACUAUCUUCCAAACUGCUUGUCAAAUGAAUUACCCCCUGCCGAAAUGUCUGACAUUGAAGUUCUACGCAACCUCACCAUAGUUCGGACUACGUUACAUAUAAGGACAUGUCAUCUCCAUCCACUAGUCAAUGGUUACUUUCGCUGCACUUGGCCCUUCCGCUAUUGCUGUUACCAUUCUCUGUUUCGGCAUGUUAAGCGGACUUUACUGUCACGAAAAAAACUGACAACUGACUGGGGGUAUAAGCUUGGUGGGAAAAGCUGCCCCCUUACUUGUCCACGUUGUUACGGGGCGGCGCCCGAGUUGGCCACUGUUUACAACCGUUUAAUAGACGGACGUUUGCCAAGGGGGUUAAGGCGCUCAUGUACGCGCACAUGACACACGUUGCUUAAACUCAGUUCAUACCUACGGUACCUACCUGCAGUUACCUCGUUAAAACGGAGAACUAUGUUCGCCGCUCAGUUUUAACUGAUCGCCUAUGAUAAUCCAUCCUCAGGGUCCGAUCCUCCGGCGCGGUUUUACACAAAUAGUCACCUUUCCUCUCUUCAGAUGAUGUCUCCCGCCUGUGCACCAGACUCGAAGCUAGAGAGCUUGCAGUCUCAAGCAGCCUCUCCGUGUGGAGACCGUUCUUCCCAGCCCGCUCACUUUGAUGAAGAAAGUCUCCGUCAGUUAGCUCUUAGGAGCUUCCUUGGAAGUCUUCACUCUACCUCGUUACAGCUCGCGGAUUCUCCGUCACCUUCAGGUAACUUUAUUUUUACUAUUUGAGCGUACCUAGAAAAAGUUACUGACGGGUCUUAUCCUGAGACGGAAUCCUCAGGUAUGUUUCCUUCAACACACACGAAAUUGUCAUUGCCCGUUUAGAGAAGGCCACACCUGAGGAUACUCAGUCGAAUGUAUGCUUAUAAGUUUCAUUAUGCUUAGUGCGCUCAUAGGCUUCCAUGGAUGAAAUUGAACUGCGAAGAAAAGCCCUGCUUAGCUUCUCGAAACACGCAAAUCACACCCAGCCCUCACCCUCCACAGACUCCGAGGUGAAGAUGGAGGCCACACCGGUUGGUUCGCCCCCUCAUUUGCAGCCGUCCAGUUCUCAUCCUAAGUCGCGAUUCAUUGUGACACUCAAUGCCUCAUCCGAGGACUCUAGUGACGAUGAAUUGCACUCCGCUUGUCCCGCGGCACCUGCAGUUAGCGUCACACUUGGCUGCACGUCGGUCCGAACACAAAGCGUCUUAUCCUCCCAGCCCUCAGUCUCUAAGGCUGUCUUGAAACGUUCGCAAACGGUCAUCACGCUCUCUUCUUCACAAGACGGCAGUUCACCAAACUUCAAACCAAUGUCACAUACUGCGUCGUCUACCAGCCUUACUACCCUUGUCAAUAAGUUCAAGCCACAAACAGGCGCCCUGUCUGUUAAACGCCAAUCGCCUCAGCUCUCUUUAGAGUCGUAUAAAAAAUUGGUUUUACGACAGGCCACCAAAGUUGAGCAACUCAAGCUAAUCCUGAAACGUCAACAGAAGCUAGUACUUGAACGUAAAAAGACUGAAGCAAAGCUGACGACUUCCUUAGCUACUCUUAGAGCCAAAUUACAGCGUACUUUAGAGUUACAGGCCAAUGCCCGCCUGGCUACGUUGCAGGUAAACAGACAGAAGUCGAUGACAGUGUCAGAACUUCAGCGUGCCCAACAGCAGCUGCUUAGAAUGAAUGAUGCCGUUGAACAGAUGGCACGGAGGGCCGCCAUUACCAGUCAGAGGACCAAACCGAAAACUUUGCCGUCUCCUACUCCUCCACCUCUGCCACCACCACCACUACCCCGACCUCCUCAGCUCCCUUCGCCGACAUUUAUUACUGCCGUCAAAAAUUUAAAGGCUCUGCUUCGGCAUCUAGAGUCGUCUUUCCGUGUCUCCUCGCCCUUCUUCGAGUACUUUGGCCUACUGCCGCCCCAACUCGACACGAAUAAGCCCGUAAAACGCUCAGUGGCUGCAACGCCAUCCACGUCCGCUGGGGUUACCCGUUCUGCAAAAGUUGAUCCCCUCAUACCAAUAUGUCCAUUCUUUCUCGACGGCAAUUGCCUAAAUUCUGCGUGUAAAUUCCAACACCCGUCCACUAACUUGAAUAAUCCACCUGUGCAUUCACAACAACGGUACAAUGAAGGUACUCUCUUGGCUGAUAAGCGUAGGGCAGUCUCGCCGGGCUCGUGUGCCGUUUGUCCCGUCUGCAACACUACUUUGACUGAAGUUUCUGAUGCAGUUCCCCCGCUCUGUGACAACCUAUCCAACUGGCAUUCAAUCUACGCAAAUUUCCCGAGCUCGGAGAUCGACUGGACCCGUCUCUUUAUCCUCACCUCGUCAACCGUCAGUUCCUUCUCAGGGGACAGACACCUCGUGAUGCAUCACCUGUAUACGAUUUUUCAGUUACGUGAGAGUCUUUCCAGUGAUUUUGUGAGCACAGUCAUCAAGUUCCUGGCUUGUUCAAAUUUCUCCGCCGACCUUGUUGCUCACGUGACGAGCCACCCCUCGCUUAGUCUGUCGCUUCGCCGUCAGCUCCUGAGGGCUGCCUUACGACACCUUUUGAGUGAAGCGCACUGCCACGUAGAUUCCUUUAGACAAUCAGUGUGCCUACUAAAUCCCAUCACCACGGUUGUUUUUUAUGCGGGCAAAAUAGAAUGGGAUGUGUGCCGUUCGCGGUUUGGCCUCCAACUGGUUGACGAUCUUUUAGGCUUUAGUAAGGUAACCUGGAAGCAGUUGCCGCCUGGUCAUCCGGCCCGUUGGGGCGUCUGGUACCUUCGUCUUCUGUUUGAUUUGUCCAGCAGUUUCCCACAAGACUACUUUGUCCGCUCUGUCGGUCAUGUAGUUCUCUUUGAGUCUGAAAAUUUGCUUAGGCAGGCCAAUCUUUUUCGUAAUGUUGAGGAGGAUUUAGGCUUUCCCACCAGUGUUGGGGCAUUUUUGGCUGAGUGUCAAGCUGCUGGAUUGCCGCAGUCCGCCUACUCCUUCGUGCUGUCUUUCACUCACUUGUAUGUGCAAUUCCUUGCGGCUGCCGGCCAGCACACCCAGGCAGCCGCCUUUUGUCUCAGAUUUUUUGAACCCUCUAGCGCCAUCCACUUGCAGGACAAUCUUCUGUUUGCGACUGCUGUCAACCUUUCAAGCAUCCGCCUCCAAGCUGGUGAUGUCGAAGCCUUCAAUUGGGUCUCAAGCAUUGCCGAUCAACAACCCCUUCAGAGCGAAUAUGCUUUUCUCUUUGCCUGUCUGUUGCAUCGCUCCGGAAAGGCUGACUUAUGCGGCAGUCUUCUCUCCGAACUGGUUGCAAGCCUGGUGCUUUUGCCCUCAGUAGACUGUUCAUCAGUCUACUCAGCUUUUCGUGUCCUUCUUGGCCUAACUGGACCCUGCAAUCCGAGCAGGUUCGAGCCGCGCUUCCUUCUCUUUCUUUGGAUGUGCUGUGGUCUGUACUCUACCCUCAUUCCUCCCUUCCAUGAGCCACUCUUACCAGAUCUGUUGCGAUACCUGACCACCGACUGUCGGGCUUCUAAACUUGCCUCCCUCUACUUUGGAGAUGGUUUCCCCUUCCCUUGCAUUACUCUGCUUAUCCAUUUGGGUCUGCGUUUGGCAGCCUCCGAGAACUCACCCAUAGGCUACAACUCCGCCCUAGAGACCCUCCUUUUCCUGGAUGUUUUCACUCGAGAUAGCUCAUUUUGCGCCUCGCCACCUCCCUGGUUCCUGGAACUUCUUCAGCAGAUUAACUGGAACAAGUUCACUGAAGAGCAUCCACCCAACAGUCUGUGCGUUAGGCUUGUCGAAACCUAUGGUCACAGUGCUCUGAAGGUGAUUUUCGGGUCACUUCUUAGGGCAGGUCAUGUUCGGCUCUUGCAGAGUCUCUGUCUGCUUUCGCGUCUCGAGGGACCGAUCGAUGAGACCUUCUGGUUGAUGGUGAUGGCCUUGGGUGUACGGUUUCUGACUCCGCUAGUAGAUCCAACGGUGAGGCUGCGGUUACAAGACUACCUGUUGGAGUGUUUUGCUGAUGCGCUUGCCGUGCUGCCGCAAAGUUGCCUGCUCUGGCGUCACUACGCGGCCACUGUUCGAGACUUCUUCUGCCCCCCCGCAGCAGCCGCUGACACCGAGUCCUCUAGCGGCCCCUCCACUGACGAUGUGGAGCGUCUUCGAUUGAGGGUGAGGGCUGAAGCUGCGCGAACUGGCAUGGAGGCAAUUGUGGACGAGGUGUUUAACCAGCCUGUGGGUGUCGAGCUGCCAACAACAUGCCUCCAGGGCCUUGCCCUUCCGUCGGUCGCUGCUUGGUGGGGGGAGGAUCCAAGCCCCCUUUGACUGAGGCAAUCUGUGCCGUAAUCCUAGUACAGUUAGCCGUACGUUGGUCAUUUUAUCUUUUAACCUAUCACCUAACCUAACGUUGAUGGUCUUCUUUUUCAGUGUUACCUCAGUAACGGCUAACACCAAGUGUCAAGUAAUCCAUACAACAGCCCUCUUUUUUGCUAACUCAACUGGACUUAGACUCCUGUCGCAGUAACGACGUACGAUGGUAGUGGAGGCUUGUUACUGUGCAUUGUCACUUCUCCAGUCGGCGUUGACUAACCGACCGUCGUUCUAAGACUGCCCAGUAGUCCACCUGUGCCGGUAGGCAGUUGAUAUUCGUCAGACAGAUAAGGGGCAUUUUUAUCCCGGCCUUCUUGCAGGUCCAGCCACUCAGUUAAAGCAGUCUAGACCGACCCCGGCGUAAGUGAGACUCCUACGCUGUUUCUUUCACUAACUCCACUCUCUAAACUUUGGCUUCUCACAUUUCCGGUGGUCAUACUUUCGUGUUCAUCUUCCCUCCCCACGCCCUUGCAUAUUCCUACUGUCCUCACUCGUUUUCGUACACUAUCCAAAUAGCUCACCCAUUCGAUAGUUUGUCUGCACUUUGCUCAGAGCCACCAUCAUCGCAGACAUCCGACUACCAGUAGUGUUUACUGCGGAAAGGACGUUUAUAUAUAUAUAUAUAUAUAUAUAUAUAUAUAUUUGACCACAACUAGGCCGACCCCAAAGGGAACAAAGGUCACGCAGGCCUAUCAGCGGUCAGCUCCGGGGAGGUCUAAGCCAGUCAGCGGCAAACAGGCAGGUCAAAGUUCGUGCGUCCAGCACGUCUAUAAUACGAGGCAAGCGGCAAGACUGAACAACUCAAGACCCGCAAGUGUAACAAUUACGCUACUCUGAUGAUGGAAACGAGGGAGUUUCCGAAACGUCAGUUCGGAUACAAUAUGGUCCAUGGAUUCGCCCUCUCUUCUUCUUCGUCUUCUUCGGGAGAUGAUGAACGCGAUACAAUGUCUGGACCUCGAAUCUUUACGCAUAUCGAUAUAUAUAUAUAUAUGGAUGUAGGCGAAAAUGCUGACCCCAGGUGUUGAAAUUGAAGAAGAUGGUAAGGCGAGCUCUGGGGAUGAUGAUUUAUUCAUCUGACGUUUCACACUCAUACUCGAGCGCAUCCUCGGAGAUAGGAAAUAUUAGAAAAUUUCAUGGUUUAAACAGGUCCCUCUCGCUCUCGCCUGAUAGGGCCGUCAACUUCUAUCCUCAUUGGGUCUCCCCUGGUGCGUAGGUGGUGUUUGGCGGCCUCGUAUGGUGCCGGUAGUUCGACGCCAACUCACUCUCCCUCCUCCUUUUUUCUCUCCCUCUCCUCUCUCCCUCUCUCCCUUCUCUCUCUCUGUAUCUUGUUAUGUAUAUUCAUCACCCCCUGGCGUUUCAGAAGGGGUGUGUGUGAGGAAGUAGCGCACGCCAAACAGCAAUGAGCACAUCCGCACAGGAGGACUCUGCCGCUCUGAACACUUACCAAUCUGGACUGGACGAAUAGUGAGCCGACCGAUUCGGGCGAUUUCUCAGCUCACUCACGAAAACCCGGCAAACGUGUCAAACGAACCUCCCCUUCAACUAUCUGCUAGUUUAACUCAGCGAUACGUAACAAAACUUGGGGGUCGGCUAAGUUGCUUUCUGCGCCUUUCAGGGAUGCCAGAGAAACUAUAAUUACUGAAAUCCUGACACGGCCAUCGGCGAGCAGGUCCUCCCGAGCAUUAAUUGUAUGCGCCGAGUACUGUGAAACAUUGAUAGGAGCCUCUAAACAUACUUUUAAAUGGGAAGGCCUACUGAUAGACAGCGAACAUAGCCUUCAGACCGAUUCAUACAUUGUGGCAGUAUGUUGGCUUUCCAUGUCCAAACGCCCCAGCUGCCAUCGACGAUCUCGCCCUGACUAACGUAAAGUCUAUUCUUUUCUCAGAAAGGACAGGGGAAGGUGUAUUCCCAAGGUCAUUCGGUUGGCACCUGCUCAUGAUAAUUAGUGUUCAGGCACUUACGGUAAUUGGGUCCAAAUAAUGCAUUAUUUGAAGACUUUAUGGCAUAUUUCAAAAAUACCUGUAGUGUAUGGUUUACGCGUUAACUAACUGCUUGCAGUCCUUUCAGAUCUAUUUCAGGGCGUUGAGAGGUUUGGGACGUUUGUUCUUAGAACUUGCAAAGAAUUAUGGAACCGCCUUGAGGGAGGAUACAUACCCACAGAUCAGGUGAUUUCAGAGUACACGUGACUCGAGGACGAAACCCGACCAAGCAGAGUUUCGGGCCGGACGUGGAUGCGCCGACGAGAUAUUCUCACUACGACCCAUUCUUGAAGUCCGCCAGGGCCACCACCAACCGACAGCCGUCUGCUUUCUUGACGUCGCCACAGUCUUGUAUUCCGUCAGUCGUGAGUCCCUGUGGCCACAGAAACCAUCGCCAUAGUUAGAGUUCCAUGACUGCGCGAGUCCUGGCCUACAGCAACCUCUCCCUUUCGAUAUUCUGUCUGGCAUUCUACAGGGUUGUACUCCGUUGUCCAUUCUGCUCAAAUACUUCAUUGACUGGAUUCUCGGAAAGGCAGCACACGGUUUUAACUUUGCUAGAUUUCGAUCCGGUCAUGCUGACGAUAUCGCCCUGCCAGCCUCAAGUUUUGGUGACCUACAAGACUAUGGUGUUGUGUGGGAAUGCGUUCUCUAAAUGUUUCUAAGAGGCAUCCCUGACCAGAAGAAAGCAUCCCUCAAGAUUACUGAUUGUCGGCGUUGACAGGUAGACAGUAUCAAAUUACUUGCGCAAGGCUGCUGCCGAAUGGAAAGAGUAAGGACAGCAUCGUCUCCGAAGUCCAUCCUGCCCCAUGCGUUUUCGCAAUCCGUAGAAAGUCUCGGUCGGCACAGUGCGAUAUCUCCACCGUCACAGAGGUCGGCGCGUACCGGACAUCCGUCCGACCAGUCCUCCGAUACGAUUGUAAAUGCUGAGUUGUGUGCGUGAAACUGGGAGAUGCUUAACCGCCGCUGCCUGAUAACCAUCCUUCGAGUGAGGUAAACUGACCUGGUUUCGAAUAAGCCAGUCCGCGCUCGUUGCGACAACACCGCGGGGAUGUCUCAGGCCACCCAAGAAAUACGACUUUAGUGAUUUGGGCACGUUCUUCAUUGUCCGCCUCAUGAGCUCAGCAUUGCUGCCCUCGAUCCGGCGCCGUUGCCUUCAUAGAGGCGUCAACUCAAAAUCUGGCUAGACGCAGUUCUCCAAGACAUUAAAGCGGUUCCUGGACCUUCCGUAUCUAGUCUCUGUUGCUGGAGAAUAGAAUGGGCCAAUCUCUCCAGAUCUUCUACCACAGGUAGUCACUCCUGGAGAGGUAACAUUCGCGACAGAUCAUGCAUGAUCACACCUGCAGACCGUGCUUCAGGAAUUAUAGAACUUGUCAUUAGUAAAGGCAUUUCAUAGGCUAGCGUCAUCAUUUUAAAGAAGUAAUCUCCUUAGAAUCAAUCUUAUGAGGUAGGCUUUCCUAAUCUCUUCUGCGACAAAAAUGCUUUAUUUUAUAUAGGCAUGGAAGGACUAAUGAGAAGAUUACAUAGUGCCUAAAUCGAGUAUUUUUUUGCUGCCAAUGAGAACGCCAAACAUUUCUUCGAUGAUUUGCCACUGUCCGAAGCUGGAUAUAACCCAACAACCAGGUGAAGUCUGUCGCCUCUCUCCCUCCACAGUAACCCAACUGCCUCGUCUCCCUAGAUAAUCUCUAUUGUUCACGUCGGUGGGUUGAAUUGGGUAGCAAUCAUCUCGGGAUGUCUCUCAUCCAGUAUAAAAUUAAUAGGAGAUAAAUUCAGAGUAGAUGGGUACCCCUAUUGCUGUGACGACGAGGCCUGGUCCCCUUCCUCCCCCAUCGACUUUACGGAGGAAGUCAGUCCUCGCCCGCUGUCUGCUUUGCUUAACGGUCGCCUCAUCGACCUGAUUUCUUUGUUGCAGUAUUCCUAAUCCAUCAUCAGCACUUAGAGACCUCAGGCUAAGAAUUUUUUGAGUCCUCAGUCAUUUCAAAUUCGUUGCUGAUGCCCCUUCCAAUUCCUCGAGCUCGUCUUGUCUCCGAGGCUGGAUCAGCGAAGGGUGCCUGGUCGGUGAGGCGGAACUCCAUUACCCGUUGUUUCAUCUCUUGCAGCCUCCAGCAAUCACUUCAUGGAUGAUGUUCAGGAGAGCAAGCAUGUUUGCCUCAGCUACAGCCGGCGCUGUUUCGCUUCAUUCAAUGUUGAUCGGUGA